GACAAACGGCAGAGCAUGUCGAAUCGAGAACAUCUCCGAGACUUGGCUUAUCUCUCCGACGAUCUUCGUAUAAAACUUAGUCCGGCGGGAAAUCGACUUUCAAAUUCGCAGGAUUCUGUCGAUAUUCUUGUAUAGUUGCGAGUCUACAAGAUUCUUCUUCACCAUCUCUGUUAAUUUUUCCCUAAUUCUUUCAUCUGAGUGAAGGAAAUGGAUCCUGAAGCUGUGAAGGAGUUUAUACGAAGGGAAGUUCCAGAUUGGGACGAUGAGGUGGUGGCGAUGGCUAGAUUCAAGGCGUUUAGUGGUCAGAGGUCCGAUUGGGAACUUAAAUUUCAGUUUUGGCGUGAUUUGAUCAUCAAGGUUUCGCGUCAGUUUGGGUUGUUCAUCAUUGAUCCUGUCCAGGUGAAGAAGGCGUGGUUUGAUCGAGGAGGAAUGACGCCUUUAUGCAUUGAUGAUGUUGUGUUAUUGAUGCAUAGUGAAGGUGAUGUUGUGCGGAUUAGUGAUCUCGAUGAUCCCGGUAGUGGUCGUAUUGCUCGUUUAUUGAGGACAGUGAAGAACUUAAUGGUUCAACAGCCAGUGAAGCAGGAAGAGAUUCUGGAAAAUACACUUGUUCUUGUUCCACUCUUGAAGGAGAAGGCGGCUGACGUGGUGAAGAUAUUAUCUGAGGGACACUGGACUUCUACUUGUGUUGUCACGCUGAAGAAGUUUCGGAAUUUGUGCAACGGUUCGAAUGAGGCUUCAGCUGUUUUGAGUCACUUGUCAGGGUGUGGAAAAGCGCAUAAAAUCUCUAUCAAUCGGGGAGAACUGAUUGAGGGUGUUAAGGUGUCCUUUUCACAAACAGCACUUCCCGGUAUCUCAACUUUAGACUGUGAUAUUCUGCACUUGCUAAGGACUACAGAAAAGCUCCAAGAUCAACUUGAAGUGAUGGACCAACGUUGUGAAAAGUCAAAGAAAUCAGCGCUGGCAUCUCUAAAGUCUGGACACAGGAAAGUUGCUCUAAGGCAUGCAAGGGAAUUGAAGGUGGUGACUGAGAGCAGAGAAAAAUGCACGUCACUUCUGAACAGAGUAGAAGAAGUGUUGAACACUAUAGCGGAUUCCGAAUCUACGAAAAUGGUCUCAGAAGCAAUUAAAACUGGAGCUAGGGUUAUGAAGGACAUCAAGAUCAGUGCAGAUGAUGUUCAUGACUAUCUAGAAGAACUUGAGGAAACUAUUGAAUCACAGAAGCAAGUCGAAAAAGCUCUCGAAUCAGCUCCAUAUCCAGAUAUUGAUGAUGAAGAUAUCGAAGAAGAAUUACUGGAACUAGAGAUGGACCUUGAAAGUGAAAGUUCUCAGGUCCUACCAGCGACUUCAGAUACUGCAGAUUCACUGACUGAGAUGUUCUCAGAGCUUAAACUUGGCAAGACGAAACAAACAUUGGAAGAGCAAGCUACUGAGCCAGCUCAGAUGAAAGAUAGCGGAAAAAAGAUUCUUGAAGCAGCAUAGCUGAACAAUGCAUCUUCAUUGCGGUGCGAUCUCUUCUCUUCCUGUUGUUCUUAGUGAAGAAAUACACUCAGUAUCAUAUAAAUAGAAUAGAACCGGGUAAAGUGAGUUGAGUAUUUGUAUGCUAUGCCUCUUGUUUGGAUUCUAGAAACAAUAGCUUCACUCCAUUGUAUAAAGUCAGCAGCUUGUUUCAUAAACAGAGAGGAACGUCGAGUUAUGAUUUUUAUCACUCCGAUAGUGUUCGAUAAUUUAUUAAUGUUUCU